AUGGCCUGUGACGUUAAUACAAGUAGACCAGAAGUUUUGGUUUUGUAUUGGUUGGCGGAGCAUUAUUCCAUUCGUGUAGGUCAUUUCUUGAUCUUCAUUUAUGAAGGGAAUUCAAAUUUCAGUGUUCAUAUAUAUGUUUUGGCAUCCUAUGAUAAAUUUGAUCCAUUCAGUGCAUCAAAGGAUAUCAAGGAUCAUAGCAAUCAGGAUUCUGUGCUUGACGAAAUGGAAGAUGAUGACUCCAUUGAGAUGUUGUGUUCUACUCCUACCUGUUCAACUUCUGAUGCUAUGAAAAGCAAGAUUUUCGAUGGAUGUGUGAAGCAAAAGAUAAGCUGCAAAUGCCACACUGAUAUACCUAAUCCUAAGGACUGCAUCAAUCGGAUUGAUGAAGCAAGCCGAUCAGGGGGUACUGUCAAAUCAGAGUCAUCACUUCAAUUUACUCAAAGCAUAGGUAUUCAGUUCAACAUAAAUGAGCUUGAAAAUUCCAGGAAUAAUGUGAGGUUACAGUUCUUGGAUAGAAUACAAAAACUGGAGGAAUCUAUGAACAAGAAGCAGAAAAUGAUAAAGAAACCAUUUAGAAUUUAA